ACUAACUGCGUGCGCAGUUGCUGGGAAAGCCUGGAGUCGAAAGUAGCGUUAGCUGGGGGACAUUGAAUGACUUUGUACCCGUGAGUGGAGACAACACAACAAAGUUGUGUAUUAGAAUCAGAGCCAAUGGAAGCCCUAAUUCCUGUUAUAAAUAAGCUACAAGAUGUUUUUAACACAGUCGGCGCAGAUAUCAUUCAACUACCGCAAAUAGUCGUUGUUGGAACGCAGAGCAGUGGAAAGAGUUCUGUUUUAGAGAGCCUGGUUGGGAGGGACAUCCUUCCUCGCGGCACUGGCGUCGUCACACGCCGGCCCCUGAUCCUACAGCUUGUUCACAUCGACCCUGAGGAUCGCAGGAAAACCAAUGAGGAGAACGAACCCAAGAAAAAUGGACGCCUUUGCAGAGGCAUUGAUGGAGAGGAAUGGGGGAAAUUCCUGCACACCAAAAACAAGAUCUACACAGACUUUGAGGAAAUCAGGGCAGAAAUUGAAGCAGAAACCGAAAGACUUUCUGGAAGUAAUAAGGGUAUCAGUGAUGAACCCAUCCACCUCAAAAUCUUCUCUCCACAUGUGGUGAACCUCACAUUAGUGGACCUCCCUGGUAUCACCAAAGUUCCUGUGGGGGAUCAACCCAGAGAUAUAGAGAUCCAGAUCAGGGAGCUGAUCCUAAAAUACAUCUCCAACCCCAACUCCAUCAUUUUGGCUGUGACCGCGGCCAACACAGACAUGGCCACCUCCGAGGCGCUUAAGGUCGCCCGUGAGGUUGACCCUGAUGGCAGGAGGACGCUUGCAGUCGUGACCAAGCUGGACCUGAUGGAUGCAGGCACAGACGCCAUGGAUGUGUUGAUGGGGAGAGUCAUUCCGGUCAAACUGGGUAUUAUUGGAGUAGUUAACAGGAGUCAGCUGGAUAUUAAUCAGAAGAAACUGGUAGUUGAUUCUAUUCGUGAUGAGCAUGCCUUCCUGCAGAAGAAGUACCCCUCCCUGGCAAACAGAAAUGGUACCAAAUAUCUGGCCAGGACAUUAAAUCGAUUAUUGAUGCACCACAUCAGAGAUUGUCUCCCCGAGCUGAAGACAAGAAUCAAUGUUCUGGCUGCGCAGUACCAGUCUUUACUGAACAGUUAUGGGAACCCCGUGGACGACAAGAGCGCCACUUUGCUGCAGCUCAUCACCAAGUUUGCUGCAGAGUACUGCAACACCAUAGAAGGCACGGCCAAGUACAUUGAGACGGCUGAAUUAUGUGGUGGAGCAAGAAUUUGUUAUAUAUUCCAUGAGACGUUUGGCCGCACGUUGGAGUCUGUCGAUCCUUUGGGAGGCCUGACGACCAUCGACGUUCUUACAGCAAUAAGAAACGCAACGGGUCCGAGGCCCGCCUUAUUUGUGCCCGAGGUUUCCUUCGAGCUGCUGGUGAAGCGGCAGGUCAAACGCCUGGAGGAGCCCAGUCUGCGAUGUGUGGAGCUGGUUCACGAGGAGAUGCAGAGGAUCAUCCAGCACUGCAGCAACUACAGCACACAGGAGCUGUUGAGGUUUCCAAAGCUCCUCGAUGCCAUAGUGGAAGUGGUCACCUCCCUUCUUAGGAGGAGACUCCCCAUCACAAAUGAUAUGGUUCAUAACCUGGUUGCCAUCGAGCUGGCUUAUAUCAACACUAAGCACCCAGACUUUGCUGACGCCUGCGGCCUCAUGAACAAUAAUCUAGAUGAACAGAGGCGUCACAGGCUGAAAGAAAUGCCAGCUGGCGUUCCCAGAGACAAGGCACCGGCUGGUGGUUCUCAGAGCGCCCCCGCUGGUGAGCAGACAGAAGGCGGGACGGGCAGCUGGAGAGGCAUGUUGAAGCGGGGAGAGGAGGGCGCGUCGAGUGACAGAGUCACGCUCCAGACCCAAAUUCCCCCAAGCCCCCAGAGGAGCCAUGCAGUCAACCUGCUGGAUGUGCCGGUUCCGGUCACCAGAAAGUUGUCUGCUCGAGAACAGAGGGACUGCGAGGUCAUCGAGAGACUCAUUAAGUCGUAUUUCCUAAUCGUUCGGAAAAAUAUUCAAGACAGUGUGCCCAAAGCGGUGAUGCACUUCCUGGUGAACCACGUGAAGGACUGCCUGCAGAGCGAGCUGGUGGGUCAGUUAUACAAGGCCCCCCUGCUGGACGACCUGCUGACAGAGUCCGAGGACAUGGCUCAGAGACGCACCGAGGCUGCUGACAUGCUGAAGGCUUUGCAGAAAUCUAGCCAGGUGAUCGCAGAGAUCAGAGAAACCCACAUGUGGUGAGGACAGCCUCAUCAGGAAGCACUGCCCCCCGCCCACCCCCACCCUGCCGAGUCUUGCAGCCCCUCAGACUGUACAGACCAGCUGCUGAUGCACUCGUGUGAAUGUGUGUUUGAAAAUAUAUGCUUUAAAUCUACAGAACCAGUGUUCAUACAUAAUAGACAGAUUCUUUCUGUCCCCAUUUGUCAGCAUUACUCAAGCUCUUGUCCUAGAGGAUAUUUUUUCUUAAUGUAAAGGAAAACAGUAAAUAAAUAAAUAAAUCUAAAGCUCUGCUGCUGUGUGGAGCUUUUGCUGCCAAUGACUGCUCUCACUGUAGAUUUGAAUAAAAAGACAGAAAUGACAAAAA